UAGAUCUGUUUCCCAAUGUUCCCGAGGCUCCAGAGGCGAUGCUGAGUCCCUCAUAGUAUGACACUGGUAGACAGAUCUGGGAUUUUGAGUAUCUUGCCACGCAGGCCGGUAAUCCUUGGAAGGUCAUCACCUCCGUCCGAAUCGUCAUACGCCCCAAUGGCCGCUGUCGGCGGACACAGUAGUGGCGGAAAGCACAAUGGGUCAAGCUGCAGGCAAAAUUUGAAUGCAAGAGAUCAUGUACGUUGUACAUACGAGCAUAGGCCUAAGCCUCAGACGAUAUGUCGCCUCCCUGGAUACUCUCAUCUUCAAAGACAUAUCCGCACUUGGUAUAUAAGCACUCCGAUAUAUCAAGCUUUCUACGGCUUCGAGAAUCUCCACCAAAGCAACUUGAGCACCCAAACUCUAGGCAACCAAACGAAGAUCUUGAACAACGUCGAAGCCCCUCCAAGCGUCAAGUACCUAGCAUUUUGGCUGACGUUUAGACGCCGCAUGAUCUGUGGGAUGUAGUCGCGGUAGAGGGUAUUCUCUGGGAUC